AUGCUUGACAUGACUCCUACUCCUUGUGCUACCUCAAGCCCGCUGGGCCUCGAUAGCUAUCAUUCCAAUGCCUACAAUGAGAACGUGAAGUUGAAUUUGCAGGUAUUGGAUGAAGGAUUAUUGAGUGAGGGUGUAUUCAACCAAGCAGCGACAAUUGAUCCUCGACUCACCAGCCUUGACUGGCAGUGGAGUGCGGAGAGUUUAGGGAUUGAGAUGGACACGGUGCGAUCUAUGCAUACUUUGAUGGGGGCCUCACAAGGAGUCUCGUAUAUGAGUGAAGCCACUUCGGGCUGCAAUGUGCAAACGGUGACGGCAAACAAGCAGGUCACUUCUGCUCAACUUUCUCAGAGACCCCGAUGUGAUGACUCCUUCCCAGCGAACGCUCAUAAUAGUGGUCAGAUUGCUAUUGCACAACACGCUCGCAGAAGCACAGAUACCACCAUUUACCGUUGCCCAUACUGCGAGUAUACAACCAAAUCUCGAAGAAAAUGGAAUCUCAGGAGACAUAUUGAGGACAUGCACACGUCGUCGAAGCCAUACUAUAGGUGCAAAAACCGUGGCUGUAAUGGUUUCUUCAAGAGGGAGGAUAAUUUGAAAGCUCAUAUUCGAAAGAAACACCGGUAUUCCGGGCCUGGAAAUGGUCGGUAG